AUGGUUGAAUCCUGCAGUCCAUCAGCUUCCAUCAAGGACUGCCGAGAAUGUGCUUCAGUCACCACCGAGACCAACGCAUCAAAAUCAGAUGACGAACAGAGUAAACGCGAAUGGACAGUAUCUCUGAAAGAGUCCUCCCCUCUUUCGGAAUGUGGCGAAGCUCCAAAGAAAGAAAUGGAGCAUGAAGAUGACGACUGGAACCUUCUAGGAACCGCUGAGCCAAAAGUUGACAGAGAGAAGAUCUUGCAAGAUCUGCGCACUUUCACAUGGGCUCUAGAUACAAUUGAGAAAUGGUCGGAUUGUCCCGUCGUCAACUAUGAAAAGUUCUGUAGCUUGCUUAGUUUUAAGACGGGUUCAUUUCGAGUCUCAGGCCUCACGAAGUGGUGUGUACGCCUGGGUGUUGAAGGUGAAGGUGCUACAACUGGCAGCUGUACUCCAGCGUUCUGCAGGAAGCGGAUGCCGUUGCUCCCAUCAAUAUUAGGAAGUAAGUCGCUACUUCUCGUAUAG